UUUCGAUCUGUUGGUCCCAAUUUGUGAAAUAAGGGGGUGCGUUGUGUGUGUCGAAAAACACUAAAAAACUAAAUAAACUAACUACAAACGUUUACUGACAUUUUUCUAACUCCUAAAAAUCUAAAAAUGUCAAAUGUAACAGCAGCAGUCAUAGCCAAUAGAAACAAAAAGCAUUUCCUGGGUGUGCCUGCUCCGUUAGGAUAUGUUGCUGGUGUAGGACGUGGUGCCACUGGCUUUACCACACGGUCAGAUAUUGGACCCGCAAGAGACGCAAACGAUGUUUCUGACGAUCGUCAUGCUCCACCCGCUGCCAAAAGGAAGAAAAAAGAUGAAGAAGAUGAGGAGGACGAGGAUUUAAAUGACUCAAAUUACGACGAAUUUAGUGGAUACAGUGGCUCAUUGUUCUCUAAAGAUCCGUACGACAAAGAUGAUGAGGAAGCCGAUGCUAUUUAUGACUCCAUUGACAAGCGUAUGGACGAGAAGAGGAAGGAAUACAGAGACCGAAGACUACGAGAGGAUUUGGAACGAUAUCGUCAGGAGAGGCCAAAAAUACAACAACAGUUUUCUGAUUUAAAGAGGUCACUGGCAACCGUAACGGCAGAGGAAUGGUCCAACAUACCUGAAGUCGGCGAUAGUCGUAAUAGAAAACAAAGGAAUCCUCGAGCAGAAAAGUUCACACCUUUGCCGGACAGCGUUCUGGCAAGAAAUCUAGGUGGCGAAACCUCAUCUUCCAUAGAUCCUUCAUCGGGAUUGGCGUCUAUGACGCCGGGAGUGGCAACCCCCGGAAUGUUAACACCCACUGGAGAUCUAGAUUUGAGAAAAAUUGGCCAAGCACGUAAUACCCUGAUGAAUGUAAAGCUAUCACAGGUGUCUGACUCUGUAACAGGUCAGACUGUUGUCGACCCCAAAGGAUAUCUUACGGACUUACAAAGUAUGAUUCCCACAUAUGGAGGGGACAUAAACGAUAUUAAAAAGGCUCGGUUACUUUUAAAAAGUGUCCGAGAGACAAAUCCCAAUCACCCUCCAGCAUGGAUUGCCUCCGCCCGUUUGGAGGAAGUUACCGGUAAAGUUCAAAUGGCCCGUAAUCUAAUUAUGAGGGGUUGUGAGAUAAACCCCCAUUCUGAAGAUCUUUGGUUGGAAGCCGCUAGACUACAGCCAAUUGAUACGGCCAAGGCAGUUAUUGCCCAAGCUGCGCGACACAUCCCCACAUCUGUUAGAAUUUGGAUAAAGGCCGCUGAUCUGGAAACCGAAAUAAAGGCUAAACGGCGUGUUUACCGUAAAGCACUUGAACAUAUUCCUAACUCAGUUCGCCUCUGGAAGGCGGCUGUCGAGUUGGAGAAUCCUGAUGACGCACGAAUCUUACUAUCAAGAGCUGUUGAAUGCUGUAACACGAGUGUUGAACUUUGGUUGGCUCUAGCCCGUUUGGAGACGUACGAGAAUGCUCGCAAAGUUCUAAACAAAGCACGCGAAAAUAUUCCCACAGAUCGGCAAAUUUGGACAACGGCUGCAAAGCUCGAGGAAGCUAAUGGCAACAUCCAUAUGGUUGAGAAAAUAAUAGAUCGAUCGCUUACAUCUCUUUCAGCAAAUGGUGUAGAAAUAAAUCGCGAGCACUGGUUCCAAGAGGCAAUUGAAGCGGAAAAAUCGGGUGCAGUUCACUGCUGCCAGGCAAUUAUUAAGUCUGUCAUUGGCAUAGGCGUAGAGGAGGAAGACCGCAAACAAACAUGGAUGGAUGAUGCCGAUUUUUGUGCUAAGGAAAACGCAUUUGAGUGUGCCAGAGCUGUAUAUGCACAUGCUUUGCAGACUUUCCCAUCCAAAAAAAGUAUUUGGCUGCGCGCUGCUUAUUUUGAAAAAAAUCAUGGUACCCGUGAGUCGUUGGAAGCGCUUUUGCAGAGAGCCGUUGCCCAUUGUCCGAAAUCGGAAGUGCUGUGGUUAAUGGGCGCCAAAUCUAAAUGGUUAGCUGGCGAUGUCCCUGCCGCUAGAGCUAUUCUUUCAUUAGCUUUUCAGGCCAACCCAAAUUCUGAAGAUAUUUGGUUAGCUGCUGUGAAAUUAGAAUCAGAAAAUUCGGAAUAUGAAAGAGCUCGUCGUCUUUUGGCUAAAGCACGAGGAUCCGCCCCAACACCUAGAGUUAUGAUGAAAUCAGCCCGCCUUGAGUGGGCUUUAGAUAGGCUGGAGGAUGCUCUUCGACUGCUCGAAGAAGCUGUAGAAGUAUUUCCCGACUUCCCCAAACUCUGGAUGAUGAAAGGACAAAUAGAGGAACAGCAAGAACGUCUCGAAGAUGCAGCAAAUACCUACAAUUUGGGUCUUAAGAAAUGUCCCACAUCCAUUCCAUUGUGGCUGUUGUCAGCGAAUUUAGAAGAACGUAAAGGCGUUCUAACCAAAGCUCGUUCCAUCCUCGAAAGAGCUCGCUUACGGAAUCCAAAGACAUCAAUUUUGUGGUUGGAGGCCAUACGAGUGGAACUGCGAGCUGACUUAAAAGAAAUUGCCAGCACUAUGAUGGCAAGAGCAUUACAAGAGUGUCCAAACUCGGGAGAGUUAUGGGCCGAAGCCAUAUUUAUGGAAUCUAAGCCGCAACGAAAAACUAAAUCCGUAGAUGCCCUCAAAAAAUGCGAGCACGAUCCUCAUGUCCUCUUAGCCGUAUCGAAACUUUUUUGGUCUGAACAUAAGUUCUCAAAGUGUAGGGACUGGUUCAACCGAACAGUCAAAAUUGAUCCUGACUUGGGUGAUGCGUGGGCAUAUUUCUAUAAAUUCGAACUACUCCAUGGCACAGAAGCGCAACAGAUGGAAGUACUCGAGCGCUGCAUAAGCUCCGAGCCAAAGCAUGGAGAGGCAUGGUGUCGCGUCAGCAAGGAUAUCAGAAACUGGUGUUACAAAACCCCUGACAUUAUCAAAGCUGUAGUUCGAGAAAUAAAAAUCCCUGUAUAAAGUUGGUUAUAUGUAAUAAAAUUGUAACCCUUCUACUA